UCAUCUCUUCAGCUGUCAGAACUCACAAAGAAGAGAAACCCCAACUGCAAGAACCAUGAGAUCGGCUGCUUUCAUCCUGCUGGCCUGCCUGCUGUUCGUAGAUGUUAAAGGCAUGUCGCAGUCUCCGAAGGGUCGAUGUUAUUGCAUGGAUGCUGGCGUGAAAUUCAUUCUUCCCAAACUGAUUGAGAAGAUAGAGGUGUAUUAUCCCAGCUCAUCCUGUGAGAACAUGGAGCUUGUCGCAACCCUGAAAGGAAGUGGAGAACAGAAGUGCUUGAAUCCAAAUUCCCGGUUUGCACAAAGAAUGCACAAAGGCAGAAGAGCUCAACUGCCGAUGGGAGUCUGUUGAGGAGUUCAUCAUGAAGCAGAAGAAGGCUUGCAUUCCCCAAUAGAACUGCCAGUUCCCUCUGAGUGGGGUCAUAGAAGCUGAAAUGUUUUGAAAUAUCUUGCAUAUGAAUGCAUUCACAUAUCUAAGGUUAUAUGAAGACGUGUCAUAGUUGUAUUAUUUAAAUUUGUUUCCUAAUUUAUUAAAUGUAUAACUACUUUAUAAAGGUGCAAUAAACAUUGUUUUUCAUUUUGUUUUUGAUGUCUUUUUGUUGUCUUUUAUGACAGUCUAUAAAAGCUGUUUUGCUGUUAUGUCCUAAUAAUGGAAAUCUUGUAAAUUUAACCUGUCACGGAAGUAAUCCUACAUUGCAUUGUCUACUAAUGUUUGGUAACAGGUUUUGGUAUAUUUGAGGCACUGAUUUUGUUGUAAAUAAAAUGUGUUCUCCUAUGUUUAUUUCAAAGUAUGUUUUCAUUCUGAAUUGGAUUUGAAAAUAAUAAAAAAAGUAAUUCAAAUAAAA